GCCACAAGACGGUCACUCGCUACAAAGCGCUCAUAACCUCAACUCGUUCUCAAUUGACGUCCUCAUUAUUAAUUUGCAACUCGCUUGUCAACAAUGUCUCGUGUAAAAUCUAAAGAGAAGACUCAAAGUGCAGAGAGCACCAAGGACUGGGAGCAACGGUCGAGGGAGUCCAAACGAUUGAGUUCCAAAUCGACGAAAUUGUUGAGUCAAAUGUCUGUGGGAGCAGAAGGAAGAGGAAUACUAGGACAAGCAGAAGCAGGAAAAGAUUCUGGAAAGAAGCAGCAAAUGAAACGCCUAUUUCAUAGGUUGAAAGAAAACAUUGGAAUUGCAGAGCGGACAGAGUUUUCGAAAGAGCUCAAAGCUGCAAUGGAGGGAUUGGAUCGCUACAAGCUUUGUCUUGAUCAUCUGGCCGAUACGAUGUGCCGCGUGAUUCAGGAAAACCCUAAACACCGCACGAAGGAACAACAAAAGCUUGCACCCCCUCAAAAUGAAGAUGAGUUUGAAAAAGUAGCAGAGUUACUCAAAACUUGCAAAGAUUUAGCAGAAUAUCCUAAUUUGAAAUUGCAAACGGAACUUUAUCGAAAGUUGGCAAUAGAACACAGAAAUUACCUACGACGAGCAAGACGCGCCCUUCAUAAUAUUCGGACGUUUAUUCAGCACGAUUAUUGGGUAGUGGGAAUACAAAGAAUAGAGCUGGAUGAAUUACGAGCGGAAAUGGAUUUUGCAAAGUCUGAACUCAAAGGAGCAAAAGAACCGCAGCUGAUAGAAAUGAAAAACAGAAUCUAUAACGAAGCUACGAAAGCAUUUCAAGCAAAGCUGAAAGAGGUCAAAAACUCAAUGGAUUCCGUUCCGAAAAACCGAGAAGAACACAUUGCGGACAUACUUGAAUGGGUGCAAUGCACUAAAACAUAUCACGAGAGAAUGGCCAAAAUUCUUGGAGACGCCUUGAAGUAAGAAGAAAAAGAUUCUGCACAAAUACGAUAUACACUA